AUGUCUCACGAGGCACUGAAUCCCAUCCAUCCAUCUGUUCUCCCUCAUCUGGAUCCAGUGUUUGUGAAACUAUACAAUGAUAAUGUUGCAAACAUCCCAGCAGGACCAAUUGACCUCUCAGUGUUACGCACUAAAUACUCCGUUCUUUAUUCAUAUGGCACUGGACCAGCCCCCGACUGUGCACGAAUCUAUGAUAGUCAAUUACCGGGACACAAUGGCGAUUUGAUUCCUGUGCGAGUGUACGAGCCAGCAAGCCCAGGGCCGUGGCCAGUUCACAUUGAUUUCCACGGUGGAGCCAAUGUUUGUGUGAUCGACGUUGCAUACAGACUCGUCCCCGAACACGCUUUUCCAAUCGGGAUCCAAGAUUCAUUCGCGGCCUUGCAGUAUAUCCAUGCAAAAGGCGCUGAAAUUUUCAAAAUUGAGCCAACAAGAAUUUCCCUGGGAGGUGUUUCGGCUGGUGGCAAUAUCGCAUUGAUAUGCGCACAUCUUGCGCGGGAUGCUAGUAUCCCUCUUCGGCUAGUUGCAGUGGGUACACCGACAAUUGAUGACAUUUCGAAAUACAAGUCUGCAGCCGAGGCGCCCUGGCCAUCGAUGCAAGAAAUGGAACAUGCUCCUACGUUGAACUGGGGACGACUCAAAUGGUUCGAUAAUCUGAAGUGGCAGAGUAUUGAGGCAGAAGGUUCAGCUAGAGAAAGCCAGAUUAGCGCUUUGAAGUGGUAUGCGAACGCUCUUCAAGCUCCUCGAUUCGAUGGAUUGGCCAAGACAGUCAUUUAUACCGCUGGGUGCGAUCCUCUGCGUGAUGAGGGUGAGGAAUACGCCCGGCGUCUCAUCAAGGGUGGAAACGAAGUGAUCCAGAAACGAUUUGCUGGAGUUCCCCAUCCAUUUAUGCACAUGGAUAAAGAUUUAUGGCAAGCAAAAGACUUUAUUGAUUUAACAGCAGAGCAUAUCAAAACAAGCCUUCAUCAGCCCGAUACCAAUUAG